CUUCUCCAGGCAAAUCGGAAAUGGCGCCGUCGCAGCUCAAGCAGUUGAAAGCGUCCCUGCAUGAGAGCGGCGUCCUUGGUCCCCAGAAGUCCAAGAAACAGCGAAAACUGACCUCCAAAGAUGCGCAGAAGCGGGCACAGCGUAAUGCCGCACUCGAGGGCAUUCGCGAACGAUUCAAUCCCUUCGAGGUCAAGGCACCUGCCCGAAAAGCAAAAUAUGAGUUUGUGAAUGGCAAGAAUGCCAAACCCCUCAUUGGCCGGCCGGGCGUCACCCGCGGCUUGGGCGAAGAACGGCGGCGAGAGACGUUAUUGAAAGAGAUGCAAAGCCGCAACAAGGUGGGCGGGCUGCUUGAUCGACGGUUCGGGGAGAAUGACCCUACGAUGACUCCCGAGGAAAGAGCAGCCGAGCGAUUUGCCCGUCAGAACGAGCGCAAGAUGAAGAAGAGUUCUAUGUUCAACCUUGAGGACGAUAGCGAGGAGGAGAUGACGCUCACGCAUGGUGGAAGAUCACUUGACUUUGGGGACGUUGUCGAAGAUGAUUUCGAUGAGCCCGAUGCGAAUGGCUCGGAUAGUGUAGACGGAGAUUUUGACCAGGAUGACAGGCCUCGGAAAAAGCUGCGCCUCGCCGAGACCGACGACGUCGAUCCCGAAGACGAGGAUGACCAAGAUCUUCCCCAGAGGAAAAAGACGAAGAAUGAGGUCAUGAAAGAGAUCAUUGCAAAGUCAAAAAUGUACAAAGCCGAGCGUCAAGCUGCAAAGGCAGACGACGACGAUCUUCGGGCGGAGCUGGACAAAGGCAUGGCCGAGUUCUACGAGGCGGUUCGAGGGCAAAAGGUGCCGGAGAAGGAAAUUCUACCUACGUCAACUUCAAAUGCUGAGCCGCACAUGGAUCCUUCUCGCGCUGCAAUGCUGGCAGGGAAGAGCAGAGAAGAGGCAGAAAAGGAAUACGAGUCCAAUCUUCGACAAUUGAAAUUGGAGGCUCGUUCGAAACCCAGUGUACGGACCAAAACUGACGAAGAGAGAGCUGCUGAGGAGGCUGCUAGACUCGAAGAGCUUGAGCGCAAGAGGAUUCGCAGGAUGAAGGGCGAAGCAGAAAGCUCAGAAGAUGAAGAGGAAGAGGAAGAGGAGCUAGGGCCGGAUGACGAUGCCGAUGCCGAUGUUGAUGACGCAGAAGUAUUUGGUCUGAGUGCUCCUGAGUUCGAUACCCUGCCGAGGAAAGAACUCGAUGUUGAAGACGAAGACGAAUUCCUUCUUGAUGACGACCUAAUUGCUUCGGAGUCAGACCCUGAGAUGGCAAGCGAACAAGACUCCGAGGAAUCCGAGUCCGAAAACGACGUCGAGGACGAUGGUGAUGACGAUUUCAUCAACGGGCUGGUCUUGCCACGAGAGUCUUUGAGUACACCGAAAACAGUCACAAAGACUCCAGCCAGCAACAACCUAGCUUACACUUUUCCGUGCCCUCAGACGCAUGAGGCUUUUCUGGAAGUGGUUAAGGACUCUGAAGUCGCCGACUUGCCCACGAUCGUGCAAAGAAUACGCGCACUCUACCACAAAGGUCUCGCCGAGGGCAAUCAGCAAAAGCUUGACACGUUCGCUGACGUGCUGACCCUACACAUUGCGUUCCUUGGGGACACAGACAGCAACGUCCCAUUUUCCGUUCUCGAGAGCCUCCUUCGACACCUACAUUCAAUGGCAAAAUCGUCGCCGGAAUCUGUUGGCGCCGCUUUCCGCAGACAUCUCCAAAACAUUGCGGACGAGAGACCGCUCCAGCUGUCUCCUGGGGAUCUUGUUAUUCUCACGGGUGUCUCGACCAUCUUCCCAACUUCAGAUCAUUUCCACUCUGUAGUAACGCCUGCCACUCUCACCAUUGGACGGUACCUCGGGCAAAGCUCGAUACAAUCUCUAAAGGACCUCAGUAUAGGGGCUUACUGUUGUUCGCUUGCCCUUCGAUACCAGCGGCUCGCAAAACGAUAUGUUCCGGAAGUCGUCACUUAUAUUACCAACGCUUUGGCCACCCUUUCACCAGUACCACUACCGGAACAAGAUAAGGAUGGUAAUUCGUUGAAUGUCCCCAUCAGAUUGCCCGCGACCCCGCUGCGGGUGAGAUCGACUCCUGCGACUGCUUCGGUCAAGCUAUCGUUCAAAGAUUUCAUCUUGAAUCGAAGCCAGCAGGAUGAGCCUUCACAAAGCGCUUCUCUUCUGGAUGCCUUUAUCCGCCUAACCACGCAAGCUGCCUCACUCUGGAGCCACAAGUCCGCAUUCCCUGAACUUGUUCAGCCUUUCGUCUACGCACUUACACACUUGUCCCAUCAACGCAAAACGUUACCUCCACAAAGCCUCACGCUAAACAACACCAGUCUCUCCGCCCUUCUCGCCCUUCAGUCGGCGUCGGUCAAAUCACGACGUCCCCUUCUCCUACACAACCAUCGCCCACUCGCCAUAAAAGCCUCCCUGCCUUCGUUUAUCGAGAAUUACAACCCCGACCGUCACUAUGACCCAGACCGCCAACGCGCUGAGCUCUCCAAAUUGAAAGCUGAGCAUAAGAAGGAGAGGAAGGGAGCAAUGAGAGAACUUCGGAAGGACGCCAACUUCAUCGCAAGACAACAGUUGCAGGAGAAGAAGAGGAGAGAUGAAGAGUACGAAAGGAAGUACAAAAGGUUGGUGGCAGAGAUUCAAGGGGAGGAAGGACAUGAAGCAAAAGCUUAUGAGAGGGAGAGGAGGAAGAGAAAGGGGAAAUUCUAGGGAGCCCGGAGAUGGCAAAUCAGUGUCUUUUCUCUAUAUUGCUCGGCGAUUCGCAAGGAAAAGCGCGAUAGCUUGAUAAGCCCGUUUGCCUUUCGUCGGCUGUGUUUGAAGACACCACAAUUAGCUCGCAAACAGUCUUUAGCCUACAAUACCGGUAAGCUUUCGAUUGGAACCUGGAUUGGCUUGAUAUCAACCUUGUCGUGAAGCCUACCGGUAGUCAUUGAUAAUAGUCGCCUCCUCCACCCAUUGGCCGAAAAAGAAGACCUUUUCGACGCCAUGCCAACCCGAAUAUAU